AGCUUUCACAUGAGAAAGACUGUGAGACUCGGACGUAAGCGGCACACUGUGCGAAUGGAUUUAGGCUGGAGCCGAGCAGACCGCUUUCUAUGAAAAUACGCGAACUAAAUGGUCUCGUAAUGGAUUCAAACAGACAAGUUUGCAACUGGAUCUUUUAUACCGUGCUUCUUUUUGGAUACAUGACUGCGGCCGUACUUCCUGGAAAGAAUCCGACAAUUGGCUUCAACCUUGAAUGUACGUACGACUUCCAGGUGAUGCAGUGUGAGCUGGAGCUGCAAAACUGCACUGAGUACAGCAUGACUCUCCAAGACAAUGACAAGAAAUGCACUGUACAACAGUGUGGCAUUGGGAAGUGUUGUUGCUCCUUCAAACUGAUGCGUGUGUUUGGAGAAACUCUCACAGCAAAAGUCUGGAAAGAUGGCAACAUCAUGGAGUCAAAAGCUAUCAAUGUCACAGAGAGCAUAAAACCAAAAACUCCAACAAUCAAAUCAGUCAAUGAACUCGAAGGGAAUUUUGAAGUCAAGUGGACGUCAAACAUGGAGGAAUUUAUAAACAAUGAAAUGACUGCUGUGGUGACUUACUAUAAAAAAGGAGAAACAGAAAAGACAUCUGGACCUUUCAAACCAGCCACAGUUGAUGGACUAAAUUACUAUGUAAUAAAAGGUCAAGACCUGGAUCCAAGUUCAGCAUAUGUGGUCAGCGUGAAAAGCUUCUUAAGUCUGAGUGGCAAGUUCAGUGACAGUAGCAUAGAGUGGGAAUUUAAAACUGGUCCUUCCCGCCACAACCUGAUGUUGGUUAUCAUCAUCACCCUCAGCAUUGCGGCAGUCAUUCUCAGCGUUGCUAAAUAUGGCUGUUAUGCAAAGUUGAGAAAAAUAUAUUGCGAUGCAGUUCUGAAAACUACAAAUCCAUCUUCUCUUAAUAUUAAUCCAAGUGAGCAGAAGGUCUUGAAACUUGAACACUUCAGUACAAUCCCCAUACAUGUUGAGACCCUUAUUCAAGAUGACAGUGAACUGGGGUCGAAGAUGUCACUGACAGACACAAGCUGUGGAAGCCUUCAGCAAAGCAGUGGGGUCAGCACGGGUUCCUCUGAUCUCAGUUAUACAAAUACUGAAAGCCCUGUUGCUGUGAAUGGAGAAUCUUCUAUUGCUAAAGCUGCUAAGAAUGAGCUGUGUAAAAUAUUCCCAAAUAUUUGCCCAAUAUUACCAGUGAGCACCAGUCUCCCGACACAGUCAAACAAUACACAAGGAAGUGAAUUAUUCUCUGAAAGGAGUUCUGGAGUAUCUGCAUUUGAAAAUAAAACCUAUCCCUUCCUUCUUCCUGGCUGUUUACAUCAGACUAUGACAGACAACUUAAACACCCAGGGGACGGCUGAAAUGCUUUGUGACUCUAAUUACCAUCCCAGUAACAGUGGCAUGGAGAGAUGUCCGGAUCACCAGAUACCAGCUUGUCAAGUUCCUGCACAACUAAGUGGUAUUUCACCAUCAGUGGUUUCACCUCUUCUAUCAACAGACAUGUCCUAUCAAGAGGUCCCCAUAUGUGUGCCCAUAGGGUCACACAGUUUUCUUGCAGUGGAUGACGACUAUCAGGAAAUUCCAAGUUUGGUGAGGCAGCCUGAUGUUUCGCUUUUAGAGCACAGAAAUACUGAGCAUAAGGAACAUUUGGACAAGUCGGAGGAGGAGUCACUUAGAAAGAGCCCUGAAAGCAUCUUAAGCCCAGUUGUUCCAGUUCAGGAUGGGCAGCGUGUCUCUGAACUCCAAGUACCCACCUGUUUUAUAUCUACUAACUGCUCUGUACCAAUAAUCACAGAGAGUGGCUAUCAAAGUGUGUAGUGUUGUGACCAUAACUUCAGUUUUAGCUCUUUCUAAUACAUGGAUGCAUGAAAAUGAUCUCAUGAUAACUGUUUCUUAUAGAAUAUGAUCCUGCUGUCAUUUGGAAAUUAUUCUAUAUAGUAAGUCAAAGAUUUGCACUGUG